GGGUUGGUGCAAUUUAUGUCCGGCGGCGACCAAGAGUAAGAGUAGAACCUAUACAAAGCGGAGGAGGUCAAGAGCGAGGAUUACGUUCUGGAACUGUGCCAACUCCAUUAGUAGUUGGCCUUGGGGCAGCUUGUGAAUUGGCACAGCAAGAAAUGGAGUAUGACCAUAAACGAAUUAGCUUAUUAGCUGAUAGGCUAAUCACAAAAAUAAUAUCAGAAAUUCCUGAAGUUGUAAUGAAUGGAGACCCAAUGGAUCGUUAUCCAGGCUGCAUCAAUUUAUCAUUUGCAUAUGUGGAAGGGGAAAGCUUGCUGAUGGCCCUGAAAGAUGUGGCACUCUCUUCUGGAAGUGCUUGUACAUCUGCAUCUUUGGAACCGUCAUACGUAUUGCGUGCUAUUGGAACAGAUGAAGAUUUGGCUCAUUCAUCCAUAAGAUUCGGAAUUGGACGUUUUACUACUGAAGAAGAAGUAGAUUAUACUGUAAAUAAAUGCAUACAACAUGUGAAAAGAUUAAGAGAAAUGAGUCCACUGUGGGAGAUGGUACAGGACGGAAUUGAUUUGAAGAGCAUUAAAUGGACACAGCAUUAAACUACUUAUAUAUCAGACUGCAUGGUUGGAUUAAAUGUUUCUGUACAUUCCUGAGGAAAAGUAUCUCGUUUUAAGUGUGCAGUUCCUGUGUGGCUAGUGAAAUGCAUUUUUUUUAAAAUACAGAGCCUGAAAACUAAUUCUAAGACAAGAGUUUUGUUUUGUGCAUUAACUUUCAUAUAAAGAAGUAUACAUGGACAUAAAGUAUGCUGACACCAAAGAAGUUGCGGUACUUUUAUUUUUAGGUGAUUUUGUCACAGCUUGGUAUAAUGAGACUUCAGAAUUGUAUCAUUGUGGAAAAAUGGUUGGUGUUGUUGGUCUUCUGUAAGCAUAAUGAGGCCAUUCUGAAUGUAUUUUAUCAUGUUACUUUGCAAAAACAUAUUAUACAUUCAGAAAUAAUAUUUCUUAUAGAAAGGAGUUUAUUAAAUCCUAUGUCUUCUGCUUACACACUGGUGCUUGUUAUGUAGCAGUGAGCAUGCUAAGCUAACUAAAUCUAUAGAUAUAUUUCCUAUAUAAAGUUCAUAUGAAAGUAAAAGAAUUAAUGUUAUGUAUUUUACGCAGUUAUGUAUUUCAUGUAGAAGCUGUACCAAUGCAAUUUUUGUGCUUAAACUAAUAGAAAAGAACAUGGAAUACAAUAAAAAAAAA